UAAAACAUGGCGGGGGAGUUUUCACGAUGGAACACACGUAGCGUCACGUCGCUGUAGAUAAGCUCCACACAUUCUGUUUAAAUACAAGCGGUCGGUACCUCUACCUCAUAUAUGGACAGCAUGUGAGAGUCAGGUAUUAUAAAGUGUGGCGUGAUGCAGGAGUCUGUGGUUUUCUUUGACCUGGAGACGACUGGACUGGGUGAGACUUGUGACAUCGUACAGCUAGCGGCAGUGAGUGGAGGACACUCGCUCAACCUUUACGUCCUCCCUCGCUGUCGGAUGGAGCGGGGAGCAGCCAGAGUCACUGGCUUCAGGGUUCGCAGACAGAGGCUGUAUCUCCAUCGCCAGCUCGUCCUCACCAACUCCCUGCGAGAGGUCCUGGUCUCCUUCAUGGCUUUCCUCCGAAUGCUCGGACGCCCGCUCGUCAUCGGCCACAACAUCCGUCGCUUCGACUGCCGUGUGCUGUCCCGAGCUCUUGACGAACUGGACCUCAGAGCAGGAUUCAACACAUCGAUCUCGGGCUGCGUGGACACUCUCCCACUGGCCCGUGAGGUGCUGAAGGACCGCUGCCUCAAGAGCUUUCGACAGGAGAGCCUGGUGAAGGAGCUGCUGGGUGUGACCUACAAGGCUCAUGAUGCUUUGGAGGACGUGCGGGCAUUGCAGGCUCUCUACAGUGUGCUUCAGCCCACACCAGAGUUGGUUUGUAGGCACAUGUUUACUCUGGACACCAUCGCACGCAAAGCAGGUGUGAAAGCUGCCAAAGCUAAAGUGUCCGGUCAGAUGCCAGGACAGCGCCCCCUGUGGGAGCACUUAAGACAGGCGGUGAAGGUCACAGAGAGCAAAGUAGAGGACAAUAAUGAAGUUAAUGGAUUAGAAGAUAUUUUACAUCAAUGACUUUUGAAAAACAGAUGAGGCCAAAAGACUGGCAGCUCCUACCAGAGUGUACAGUUUACAUUGUGCCCCACAGUAGAACUAAUAAAACUCACUGCAUCAUAACUUGAGGCUCAUGUGUCCUUACAGGUUGCCGGGUGGAACAUGAAUGGUCAGUAAUGCUAUCAUCAAACAUGAUCAUCUUCUUUAUCGUGGCAAGCAAUUAAGCUUUUGAAAGGUGAUAGGAAAAGAACAAACACAACCCAUCACACAGUACUUCUCCUUUCAACCCUCGCAACUGGGACUCAUAGAACCUUUAGUAACUAAGGGUUCUGUGAGUUUAGUUCAAUGAGACCCUUUUUAUUAGAGUUUAUCUUUAAAAUCAGAUGAACAUCCUGUGUAAUUAUUCCAAAAACAUUCACGUAACUUGCCUAACAUCCUGUAUAUGACUUCAUUUGUGGAAAGAAAACUGUACUUAUUAUGUUUAAGGAGAUUUGAUGAACAAUUUGAUUGGAGGUAAAUGAA